AUGGGGAAAGAUAUUACUGCUAACCUAUUUCCACAAACUUACAACGGGGAACAUCCUUUGCUGGCGCACAACGAACAAUGGGUUCAAGCAACGAAGCAAGAGAACUCUAAAGUGUUUACGCCGCUGGCUGUUGCGAAACAUAACCCACAUACAUUCUUUCUCGGGUGUUCUGACGCUCGGUACAACGAGUCCUGUCUUGGCUUCAAACAAGGUGACGUUUUCACGGUGAAGACAGUGGCAAAUGUGUUCCAGGAGAAUGAUUUGUCUACACAGGCCGCGUUGGAGUACGCAGUACACUGUCUUGGUGUCAAGGAUAUAGUCGUUUGUGGGCACACAGACUGUGGCGGGAUAAACACUUGCAUAUUGGGACAGAGACAAGCUCUCGAGAAACCUAGUCAGCAGUGUGGUACCCUCUACAAAUACUUGGAAGAUAUACAAGAGUUGUUCGAUGGAGUGCACAACCUUGCUGGAGAGGAGGAAACGGACCUGUUGGCAUUGGGGAAGAAAUUGGCCAUUUUGAACGUUAAGAGACAAAUUGCAAAGUUGCAAGAAUUGCCAACGAUGAAGAGUGCAGGGCCAGAAAUAAACUUUUAUGGGCUCAUCUACAAUGUGGACACAGGUUUGGUCGACAAGAUUGAGUUGGACGAUACAGUGGCAAACAAGCAAAUAUGA